AUGUCGUCUUUCGAGUCGGUGGUCGUCAUUGACGGCAAGGGCCAUCUCCUUGGUCGUCUUGCCUCCAUCGUGGCCAAGCAGCUUCUCAACGGCCAGAAGAUCGUCGUUGUCCGCACCGAGGCCCUCAACAUCUCUGGCGAGUUCUUCCGCGCCAAGCUCAAGUACCACGCCUACCUGCGCAAGAUGACCCGUUACAACCCGACUCGCGGUGGUCCCUUCCACUUCCGCGCCCCGUCGAGAAUCUUCUACAAGACCGUCCGUGGCAUGAUCCCCCACAAGACCGCUCGUGGUGCCGCCGCCCUUGAGCGCCUCAAGGUCUUCGAGGGUGUUCCCCCUCCCUACGACAAGCAGAAGAAGAUGGUCGUUCCCCAGGCCCUCCGUGUCCUGAGACUGCAGCCCGGCCGCAAGUACUGCACCGUUGGCCGUCUCUCCCACGAGGUCGGCUGGAAGUACCAGGACGUCGUUGCCAGACUCGAGGAGCGCCGCAAGGCGAAGGGUGCCGCCUACUACGAGCGCAAGAAGGUCGCUCAGCGCCAGCUCACCGACGCGAAGAAGAACGCCAAGGUCGACCAGAAGACGGCGCAGGCCCUCGAGGCCUUCGGCUACUAA